GCUUGUCACGUGACCGAACGGUUAACCUUAUUAUUCAGAACGAGGCUAAUUGUCCCAGUUAAUUUUAUAUUCGGAAGAAGCGUUUCUGCCACAGAAAAAUGGCAAAUCAACAAUAUGGGGGGUAUGGUGCCACUUCAGCUCAAGUUGGGUAUGGAGGAGCUGACCAAGGUUAUUCACAAGGGGGAUAUGCACAGCAGCAAGGAGGAUACGGAUAUGAUCCUAACUCAUAUGGACAAACAGGUGGUCAAGCAGCUGCUACAUCAGCAGGUCAACCAGCUGCUACAGGUUAUGAUCAACAAGGAUAUGGACAAACGGGUCAAAGUGGUUAUGGACAAUAUGCUCAACAACAACCACCACAACAACCAGCUGCAUAUGGACAAUCAACACCAUCUGUAGCAGGUGGAUAUGGUGGACAAAGUCAGCCUUCUACUGGCUAUGGACAAGGAUCAUAUGGUCAACAAGGUGGAUCAUCAGGAGGUUAUGGUCAACAAAGCAAUACUUAUGGUGGUAGCGAUCAAUCUGGGUAUGGUGGUUCAGGAGGUAAUACUGGCGGAUAUGGAGGAGGGCAGUCUGGAGGAUACGGAGGAGGUGGCGGUGGUAGCGGUGGCUCCAGUGAUUAUGGAAGUGGAGGAGGAUAUGGAGGACGAGGAAGUGGUGGCGGUAGUGGAGGAGGCAUGGGAGGCAGCCGAGGUGGCGGCUACAACAAGGGUUAUAGUAGUGGUGGAGACCGGGGAGGAGGAGGAGGAGGAAGCACUUAUGGAGCUGAUCGUCAAAUGGAGAUCCAACAAGACACUAUCUUUGUUUCUGGUGCUGGUAGUGAUAUUACAGAACAGUCUUUAGUUCAGCAUUUUGGUAGUAUUGGUAUUAUUAAGAUGGAUAAAAGAACAGAUUCAGCUAAAGUAUGGAUUUACAAAGAUAAAUCAACAGGCAUUCCUAAGGGAGAAGCGACGGUUACAUUUGAUGACCCUGCUACAGCUAAAGCAGCUAUUGACUGGUUUAAUGGUAAAGAUUUUAAUGGCUCUAUAAUAAAAGUUGAAUUGGCUCAAAGACAAGUUUCUUCUUUUGCUAGUAGAGGACGAGGAGGUGGUAGAGGUGGUGGUGGUAGGGGUCGUGGAGGAGAUAGAGGUGAUCGUGGAGAUAGAGAUAGAGAUGGUGGUGGUGGGGGUGGUGCACCACGACAAGGAGAUUGGGACUGUCCUAAUCCAUCAUGCAGUAAUAAUAAUUUUGGAUGGCGUAGCAACUGUAAUUUAUGUAACACGGCACGUCCAGAUGGUGCUGGUGGUGGUGGACGAGGCCGAGGUGGGCGAGGCGGAGGAUUCCGAGGCGAUCGGGGUGGUCGAGGAGGUGGUUUCCGAGGAGACAGAGAUAGAGAUGGCGGUGGUCGUGGAGGAAGAGGUGGUUACCGUGGUGAUCGUGGAGGAGAUCGAGGUGAUCGUGGAGGACGAGGGGGUGGCGGAUUUCGUGGCGGCGAUCGUGGUGGAAGGGGUGGAGGUGAUCGAGGAAGAAUGGAUAGAAGACAAAAGCCAUAUUAAAUACAGAUAUUUUAACAUCACAUUCACACCUCAUUUAACUUCAUAUUUUAUAUCAUUUUAGUAAACAUUUUUGUGAAUCAAGAAUGUCUAUAUUGUUAUCAUUGUCUUUGUUUUGUGCUGUCAAACAUAAAAGUAAAUAAAUGUAAAUAUUGAUCAUG